AUGCCCACGCCCGCUUCACUCCCCACAAUCGUGUCCUCGGCGAAGAGGCUUCAAAUCUUCCUCUCCUCCAUCACCCCUCGAAGCACUCUAUACCUAGAUAUUGAGGGAAAGGACCUUGGCCGCCGCGGGACGCUCAACAUCAUCACCGCUCUCAUCCACCCCCGGAAGCAGGCGAGCCUCAUCGACGUCCAGAAGCUCGGCAAGGCCGCCUUCACCACCGCAAACGGAGCCGGCGCCACGCUCAAGAGCAUCCUGGAGGACCAAAGCGUCCCCAAGUACUUCUGGGACGUGCGGACCGACGCCGUCGCGCUCUGGGCGCACCACCAGGUCCGCCUUGCCGGCGUCAUGGACGUGCAGCUGCUCGAGAAGGCGGCGCGGCGGCGCGGCGGCAGCAACACGGACUUUAUAGGGCUCCGUAACGCCGUGAAGAACGACCUGGACCUUCCCCGGGCCCUGCUGGGCAGCUGGCUACAGAACAAACAGCACGCCGCUGCUCUCUUCAGAGCUCGCCAAGACAUCUUCUCGCUCCGACCUCUGCGCAAAAAGGUCAAGCGUUAUUGCGUCGACGACGUCGAACACCUGCCCGCGCUUGCGGAGCGCUAUGUCGACAGGCUCGACGCCCAGGGGCUAGAGCGCGUCCGGAAACGUGAAAGGAGCGGCUCACGGGGGAAAAAAAAUACCGCCAUCAUCCUUCUCGAGGAGUGGCUAGCCUCCCUCCUGCGAUGGCUUUACCACCCUAGCAGGUACUGCGAAGCUCCAUACAACACCCACAAGCCCCAAGGACAGCGUAAAACCCUCACUGUCACCAGUAUUUGCUUGCAUCUUCCCGGCUGA